ACACAACCUUAGAUCCAUCCUUAAUCACCCCUCUCUUUUCCUCCUCAUUUGCUCCUUGGAUUUAUUUCGUACCUGUAUACCUCAACAGUAAAUGAACUUUGAACAAUAUUUUGAAUAUAUACUGUAGGUGUGAGUAAAAUGAAUUAUAAUUCGAUAGCGGUUUAGAAUUGUAAGCCAUUUGACCCAUUUACUACUGAUUUUUUUUUUGUAAUCGACAUAUACUAGUACUAUACUUUGCACACCCGGGGAUAUUCCACCUGAUUGCCGUGCACAUCGGGGUAUUAAAACCUCCGAGUUUUGCACGUGCCUAUUUUCUUCCGCCAAUGAGCUUCCAACGAUAACUGAAGUUGAGCUUGGCGAAAAGAGGCACAAGCCAAUCAGCUAACGUUAAUGUAAAAACUGGGCGUGGCUUGAAUUGGGUGCUCAAAAUGAGAAUGCAACAGACGUGAACGAACGCAUAUGAGGACCUGUGCGAAUGCGACGACGAAUCACGGAAAAAACAACAGGAAUUCUUUCAACUGAAAUAAAAGACAGGAAAGAUGAACGGGCUUACCGAGGUAUCGAGCCACAAGUGCUUUGGUGGCUACCAAAAGUUUUUCACACACGAGAGCUCAGAAUGCAAGGCGAAGAUGCCGUUUUCAAUCUAUAUUCCUAAGCAGGCCGAGAAAGGCAAAUGCCCAACUCUUAUAUUUCUUGCCGGUUUGCGCGCCAACGAACAAAAUGCAGCCAUCAAAUCGGGAUUCCAGCGUUUAGCAGCCCAGUAUGGUAUGAUAGUCGCGUGCCCAGACACAAGCCCCCGUGGAUUAAACAUCGAAGGAGCAGAGGACACGUGGGAAUUUGGUAUCGGGGCUGGUUUUUACAUCGACGCCACGGAGGAAAAAUGGAGGAAACACUUCAGAAUGUACUCUUACAUCACGGAAGAGUUUCUCGAUCUCCUCGUAAAGCAUUUCAACGUCAAUCCAGAAAAAGUUGGAAUCACAGGCCAUAGCAUGGGAGGACACGGAGCUAUGAUUUUUGGCCUCAAGAACCCACAUCUCUUUAAGUCUAUAUCAGCCUUUGCUCCUAUCUGUAAUCCUUCGAUCAGUCCAUGGGGAGUGAGAGCCUUCAAGGGAUACCUUGGAAACGAUAUCAGCACAUGGAAGGAGUACGACACAUGUGAGCUUGUUCCUCUUUACAACGGACCACCAAGAGAGAUCUUCCUAAGCCAAGGGACCAACGAUCCAUGGACUCCUGAUAAACAACUCCUCCCAGAGAACCUGGUCGAAGUCUGCAAAGGCAGCGACACUGUCACCCUUAACAUGGAUAUACGCGAGGGUCACGACCACAGCUACUUUUUCGUCGCUUCGUGCAUGGAGGACCACGUUAAGUUCCACAUCCAGCAAAUGGAAUGACGUCAUAACUUGGUUGCUAUGUAAAACACUGAUGAUGCAUUCCCACCCUGAAAGAAGGAGAGAGGGAGCUUAGGGAUGAGCUCUCGAGGGUUAGCAGAAGAGAAAAUAUCAAUUCAUUUCAACUAGAUUUUGAUUAGAUGUAUGAAGAGAACUGGUUGAAGUGGAAAUUCAUUUUAAAUAAUCAUUUUCAUUUACAUUUUAAAUAAUCAUUUAAGAGUGAUUCAAAUAAAUUCACAUGGACCGUGAAACAGAAAAGUACAUUACAGUAUCUUGAGAUGUUAGUUCAUCUUGAGGUCUGUCGGAUAUGAAUGAUUGAUUUAAAAUGAAAGACAGAUAACCUCGUUUCUUUAUAAAAGAUGAGAGCCCUGCAAUGUAUGCUGCAUCAACGUAGCUUUUAUGGUAUCUUUGCAGUCCAAUUAAUGCUAACUUUUGAGGAAAUCGUGUCGAUUUUGAUUGGCUGUUGAGCAGUGGUAACAUGGUAGCUACUGUUGUUCAGGGGUCAAACAUUAGUCCUUUCUGAAAGUCCAUCAAUUCUUCAAACCUUUCACAUCAGGGCCCCAUAUCACAGAGAGCUGCGACUGAUCUAUAAGUAUGGAAAGCCAAAAACUACAUAUAGAAUGCAGUAUCCUUUCAAAGUGUGCACAAAACAGGAGAAACCCUCGUAAAAGCAGCAUGGUUUUUGCCAAUCAGUUUGCCCCUUUUUGUUUUCAGAGAGGCAGAGCAUAAAGCUCCACGAUUUUUUUAUGGCUUUCACUUAUUGAUGGUUUAGACCAUCUUAACUCUAAAGAUGGGGCAUAAUCCCCGACUCCUGAAGAAGAGGUUUAUUAUAUUUCUAGGUUCCUAAAUAAGUUAUUUGCUUAAACAAAUACAAGUCAAGAAAGGCAGAUCGAAGCAAAAUUGAACCAUGAACUUGUUGAAAUUUAGUGUAUAUGCAAUCAUUUUGUUCUUUGUACAGACAGUAUUUUUCUCUUUCACACAAUGGGUAUAUGUACAUGUUUAUUUCCCUGAGGGUUUUUUUUUAGGGGGGGUCGAGUGUUGUGGCUGGAAUAUUAACAUUUUUUCAUAAAGUAAUGAAAACAGCAACCCUUUAUGUUUAAGAAUUGAAUGUCUAACAUUAUUGGAGCUAUACCAUUGAUCUAUGUAGGCCUUACUGCUGCAGCUCAACUAAUCAAUUACUCUGAAAUGUCAUGACACUUAUCUAGCUUUACCAAGGAAGUGAAUUUUUGUAUGCACUGAGUUUAUCAAAUGACUAUUUUUUCAACAUGUCUUCUACCUCAUGGUUAAUAUGAGUUUCAAAACAAUAAAGAAUCAAUGAAAACAUG